CAAGCACCCCAAUUCUCAGCCCAGCUUCUGACAUCAUGGCCUGUUGCUCUACCAGCUUCUGUGGAUUUCCCACUUGUUCCACUGGUGGGACCUGUGGCUCCAGCUGCUGCCAGCCAACCUGCUCCCGGACCAGCUGCUCCCAGCCAACCUGCUGCCAGACCAGCUGCUCCCAGCCAACUUGCUGCCAGGCCAGCUGCUGCCAGACCAGCUGCUCCCAGCCAACCUGUUGCCAGACCAGCUGCUCCCAGCCAACCUGCUCCCAGACCAGCUGUUCCCAGCCAACCUGCUGCCAGGCCAGCUGCUCCCAGCCAACCUGCUGCCAGGCCAGCUGCUCCCAGACCAGCUGCUCCCAGCCAACCUGCUGCCAGACCAGCUGCUCCCAGCCAACCUGCUGCCAGACCAGCGGCUGCCAGCCAACCUGCUCCCAGCCAACCUGCUGCCAGACCAGCUGCUCCCAGACCAGCUGCUCCCAGCCAACUUGCUGCCAGACCAGCUGCUGCCAGACCAGUGGCUGCAAGAAAGGCUGUGGCAUCGGUGGUACCACAGGCUGUGGCCAGGAGGGUGGCAGCGAAGCUCUGAGCUGCCGCACCAGGUGGUGCCGCCCUGACUGCCGCGUGGAGGGCACCUGCCUGCCUCCCUGCUGUGUGGUGAGCUGCACGCCACCAACCUGCUGCCAGCUGUACCUCGCCCAGGCCUCCUGCUGCCGCCCAUCCUACUGUGGACAGUCCUGCUGCCGCCCAGCCUGCUGUUGCUGCUGCUGUGAGCCCACAUGCUGUGAGCCCACCAGCUGUGAGCCCACCUGUUGAAAACCUUCUGAUGGGAAUUCUGAGAAAGUGGCACUGCAAAAUUAGCCAAUGUAGAGUCCCAACAAACUUCUGAGCUCUAAUACCCAUAACCCAGCUUGCAACCUCAUGUCACAUGGCUAUGUAAAUUCCCUAAGAUGGAAAUUUAUAAAAUAUUUCAUAAACCUGGAUAGCAACAGAAGUCCUACACUGUGAAAAGGGAUG